AUGUACAUGGAUCUGGCCAAGAUGCGUCUCGGAGCCCUGGUGACCCUGACAACCAUGAGCGGAUAUGCCAUGACCACAAACGCGACAAGCCUAGGUACUUUGCUGUCUCUCACUGCUGGAACCGCCCUCUGCAUUGCGUCCGCAAAUGCCUACAAUCAGUUCGUGGAACCACCAUAUGAUGCUCAGAUGUCAAGGACAAGGAACAGGAUUUUGGUCCGCAAGGGAAUCUCGCCAUUGCAUGCAUGGGGCUUCGCCUCAGUCACAGGCCUUGCAGGAGUGAGUCUUUUGGCCGCAGCUGUGAACCCAUUGACAGCUGCCCUCGGAGCUGCGAAUUUGGUCCUUUAUGCGGCCGUCUACACACCGAUGAAGCGCAUGUCGAUCGCCAACACGUGGGUCGGAGCCAUUGUCGGAGGGAUCCCCCCUAUGAUGGGAUGGGCAGCAUGCACCGAUUCGCUACCAGCAGAAGCCUGGCUUCUUGGAGGAUUGCUGUACGCCUGGCAGUUCCCCCACUUUAACUCGUUGGCAUGGAACCUUCGCGCUGAUUACUCCAAGGCUGGAUAUCGGAUGAUGGCUGUGACAGAUCCGAAACUGAACGCGCGUGUAAGUCUGCGCUAUUCGUUGGGACUGAUCCCGCUUGUGACGCUGGUGCCCUACUUGGAUAUGACAAGCUGGUGGUUCGCAAUUGACGGCAACAUCGUGAAUGCGGUCCUGGUGGCGGGAGCAAUAAACUUUUGGCGUAAGAGGGACGACAAGAGUGCGAGACAGCUGUUCUUUGGCAGUCUGAUCUACCUCCCUGUCGUGCUCGGAUUGAUGAUGUUCCACAAGAAGGCCAAGGAUAAUGAUGCCCCGGGAGCGUUGGAGGGCAACAGCAGUGUGUUGGCAUCUUCAGGUGCUGUUGCUGGUUUGAGCAGCGCUGAGGAUGAUGACGAUGAGUACGAGUAUGUGGACGACGACGAGGAGGACGAGGACGAGGACGAGAGUAGUUCUACAAGCGUAGCGAGGACGUAA